UCCAGAUAUAAAUGAGUUCAAAAGUGCGAAAGAAGAAGAAGUAUAGGCCGACUGGCGACAGCCAUGAGCCGGACGAGGUCAAACUGGCCCCUCACUCUUUUGUCAUCUGUCGUGGUAAAGUGUCCAAGCCACUAGUCCAACUCAUGGAGUCCAUGCGCAAAGUCAUGCUUCCAUACACUGCAGCAAAUUUAAAAGCAACCAGAAAAAAUGUACUCAAAGAUUACGUAGCGAUUGCAGGACCCAUGCAUGUAUCACACCUCGUGAUGUUUUCUCAAACUAAUUUAUCACCAGUAAUGAAAAUUGCCAGGCUGCCCCAAGGCCCCACUGUCUACUUCAGAAUCAACAGUUUUAGCACAAUUAGCGAUGUUUUAACUCACGUAGACGGCGCUAGCUUGGGUGAUAAGUUAUUCCAUUACCAACCAUUGGUAGCAGUUAAUAAUUUUGACUACUCUCAGAAUCAUCACGUGAUUACGUCGACAAUGUUCCAAAAUAUGUUCCCGAAGUUGACUGUAAGCCAGUUAGAUCUGAAGCGGAUUCGCAGGGUUUUGUUGUUCCAUUAUGACGCAACAAAUGACGUCAUCGAGUUCAGACAGUACAGAGUGAGAUUGUUAGUGCCCGACAUGACAAGGAGUGUGAAAAAAUUGACAAGCGGAAGUUCGAAACUUCCAAAUUUGAACAGUUACCAGGAUAUUGCAGACUACGUGACGAAAAGCGGGUUUUCAUCGGCUGGUUCUGACAUUGAAUUGACCCAAGUGGUCGAAUCGGCCAACCCCACUAGCGGAGAAGAAUCGGCCUCCCAGCUACGUGCGUCACAAAUAAAUGGAACAGACGUUGAAAACGAACAAGAAAAGAAGAAGAAGAGGUUGAGAUCGCGGAAGAAACUGGCGGUCAGACUGAUCGAGUUCGGACCUCGAAUGCAGUUGAAGUUGUACAAAAUAGAACAAGGCAUAUGCGAGGGAGAAGUCCUGUACCAUUCCGUGUAUAAAAAGAGUGCAGAGGAAAUGGACGAUUUGAUAGAGAGACAUAAACUGAGGCGAAAGAGACCGAAGCAUCAGUUUUCGGCUUACAAUCCGAAUCGACCUCCUCCUCCUGAACACGAAGACUAUGCGAGCAAUGAUAAUAGUUAUCGUAGAAGGGGAGGACCUUACGGCUACAAAUUCAACAAGAAACCUAAACUUUCCUGAUUGAUUUUUGAUUGUUGUAGCUUUUCGAAUUGACUCAUUCA